AUGAGCCUCCCUAAAAGGGUCUCUCUCUGGACCAUGGUGGAUGUGUUCGACGGGGUCAAGGAGAAGCACCCCUACCAAAAGAGUGUCCUCCAACUGGCCAUCGUGAAGCAUGAAAUAUCCAGUAACUAUCUUCAGUAACUCCUCUACUUACCAAAUGUUGUCUUAGUACAAAACAACCUAAGGUCAUGUACAGCAGUCAUCAUUGAUACACUGCUAUGAUCUAAAAAAAGAGUGAAUAUAUGUGAUAUUUUAUCCCUGGCCUACUCCAUCCCUGUACUGUAUGUAUCGGAUGCCUGCAGACAGUACACCACAAAAUGACAUGGAACAUUAACUGCCUGCGAUGAUCUUCCCAAUUACUGUUAAUGGUACAGAACACAGAGCUCAUUCACAGUGUCAAUACUGUUUUAAUGUUUCAUCAGCAAAUCCUUCACAGGUGCUGACCAAAAACAUACAGUAAAAACAACUGUUGCAUGACUAAUAAAACCUUGUGUCCUAAGGCUUGGGUCCUGGGACUGUGGUUUGCCCACCGUGGUUUCUUGAGUUGGGGUCAAAUGCAUUUGAAUUCAAGUCAAUUUAGGAAUUGAAUUUGACACCGAAAUCAAGUUCAUCAUGCAAUUUAUCCAAUUUUCUAUUUGAAAUCCAUGCACCCAGCCUGAAUUGACAAGCAUAAUUUUGCCCCCAACUCUAGUAGCCUCCUUGCUCUGCCCCUCCCCAGGCCGAGCUCUGCUGAUGAUGGGUGAGCACCAGUUGGAGAGGAUGGGGGUGGAGGGGGAGCAUCUUCAGGAGAUCCUACUGGACAUUCUUCGCCUCAGGUUCCAGGAGGAAUUGGAGAACCUCAACAACAUCUUCUCUGCUGAGGGAUUCUACAGUCUCCUCUUAAAGAGAUAG